UGUCUUUGCAUGGCAGGAAUAAGCUUAAUGUACCCCUCACAAUUUGGCCUCUUUCCCUUCUCCUCACUUGUCAUAGCUACAACAAGAGAUUAAAAUCCCCUUGCCCAUUUUUUUCAACAACAACUUGCCAUAUCAUCUAGGUGUGACAACUCUGAUUAAUGUUAAUUAUGGCCUGUUCAAAUUGUGUGUAAUGAAACUGGCUUGUUCCAACCAAACAUUUACUUGCAGUAAUUUAAAAUAGAAGGAAAAAAAUGGUAUUUUUCUCUCAUAGCUAUCCCAGAGAAGGAGAGAAGAGAAGCAUAUGAGCCCAGGAAUAAUGUCUUACAUCGUAAUACACUCUUGUUUCUUGCAACAUCCAAAGACAAUUUUCUUCUUUUUAUCAAAUCCAGCUGCAAGAUAAUGGACAAGAAAUGGCAGCUUCUCCUUCCACAGCCACAACAGGGAAAUCAAAGCUGGACACAUUACCCAAAGAAGAUCUUAUCAAAUUUGCAAAGAAGCAAAUGAUACUUUUCCAGAAAGUGAAAUCCAGAUGCGCAGAACUGGAAAAGGAAAUUGAGCAACUAAAAACAACAUCUGUGGCUGGAGGAACUGAUGAUAUUAUUCAGGCUCUUACAGAGAAGCUGGAUGUGAUUCUUCUGGAAAAAGCAGAAGCCCAGCAGCAGUGUGUAGCUCUGAAAAAAGAAAAUGUGAAAAAGCAGCAAGAAGCAGAGGAUGCUCUUGCUCAGGAAGAAAUACUGCAGAAGAAGUUUGCACAAUUGAAUACCACGUAUCAGAAAGAAAUUGAAAGUCUUAAAAAUGAAGCGUUAAUAGCACAGUCCAAAUAUGAUGAAACUAUAGCCACAUUGCAAAAGGAGCUACAUACAGAAAUGAAAAAACAAGAAAAGCUCACAGAACAACUUAAUUGCCAAACUAAUGGGCAUGAAGAAGUUAGAAGACUACAGGAAGAGGUCCAGCAGACAAAGACCUUUUACGAAGAGCAGAUCUUGAAUCUAAGGAAACAGUUAGAAUUUUCCAAUGAAUCUAAAGAGGAGGAAAUUACCAAACUGCAAAAUAUUAUUGAAAGUCAUUCUCUGCAUUAUCAAAACAAAAUUGAUAACUUAGGUGAAGAGCUAGACAAAUUGAAGGCUUCUCACCAAGAUGAGAGAUCAGAGCUACUACAUCAGCUUGAAGCCUCUGCUAAAUUAUGUGAAGAGGAACGAAUUAAAGUAGAUAAGCUAAAGCUGGACUUGAUAGAACAAUACAAAGUAAAAGAGAAAGACAUGCAGGAUGAAUUGCAUGCUUGUAAGGAGAAAUAUGAACAGGAACUGAAAUACAUAAGGCAGACCUUGACUAAAGAUGAAGAAAAACAAAAUAAGACUAGAAAUGCUCAGAUAGAAACAGAAAUAGCAGAAAAGACUGGGCAUAUAGAGAAAGCUUUCAAAGAACUGGAAUCUCAACAUAGUAUAUUAAGAGAUGAAUUAACUUAUAUGAACAAUGUUAAAAUGAAACUGGAAAUGGAAGUCCAGCACAUAAAAGAUGAGUAUUUUCAUGAAAGGGAAGAUUUGGAAUUCAAAAUUAAUGAACUGCAACUUGCCAAAGAAGAUCAUUGUUGUGUAAUUGAAAAACUGAAAUCAGAGUUCCAGUUGGCAAAAGAACAAUAUGAAAAAAAGAUAAAAGAGAAUAGCCUAGAAAUUGAAGGGUUAGUAGAAAGACAUAAAAAAGAAAUACGUGAACUGAAUCAAGCUAUAACAUCAAGUGCAGAGGAAAAAAAUCAGUCACUUCUUCUUAAAAUACAGGAUCUCGAAGAACAGUGCGAGAGACAUAUAGAGGAGAAAGAAGAAGCUGUUGCUAGUUAUGAGAACUUGCGAGAAACACUAGAAACUUUGCAGACUGAAUUGGGAGAAUCAGCUGGGAAGAUAAGCCGGGAAUUUGAAUGUAUGAAGCAACAGCAGGCUUCUGAUGUUGACGAACUACAGAAAAAGCUCCGAGCUGCUUUCAAUGAAAAGGAUGUCCUCCGAGAAGAAGUCAGUUUUCUCCGGCAAGAGGUAGAACAGCUGUCCUCCCAAAACAAGGACGUAGAAGGGCUCAGGCAUAAAAUAGGGACACUUCAAGAAGAGAAUGAGAAACUGGCUUGUUGCCUUCAUCAAAGGGAGUCUGACAUUAAAAAAAUGGAAGAGAAAGAAAAUGAACUUUCCUCACAGAAUAGUAGCUUCCUUGAUGAAAUGAAAGGUUCCGCUGAGAAAAUAGAAAACCUCCAAGAAAGAUGCAAAGCACAACAAGGGAUGGUAAUGGAACUGCAGCAACAGGUUGAAGUUCUUAGCAAAUGCAACCAUCAAUUAGAGCAGCAGGCAGAAGGGCUAGGGGAGAGACUGAAAGGUGUUUCUGCAGAAAAAGAAACAAACCAGGAGAAGCUAAUCAAAUUUGAACAACAAAUGGAAGCCUUUGAACAAGAUAGAACACGGCUGUUAUCUGAAAUAGAGACUCUUAAAAGUGAAAACAACAAAUUGAAGGAAGAACAAGAUCAAGCAAGGAAGGAGCUAGACCGCAUGUCAUCUGAAAAAGGAGACUGGAAUCUAUCCAAAGAUAAAGCAGAGAGCUUAGAAGUGAAACUGCAAAUGGCCUGUGAAGAAAAAAGCCAUUUGAUUAAACUACUUGAAAAAGAAAAGGCCUUUAAAUCUCUUGUUGUUAGUCAUCUGCAGGGCCUCCUUGGAAAGAUGGGGUCCGAGUACCCAGAUGAAAACAAAGAAGAAGAUAUUGUUGGCACAUUGCAAGCUGCAAAUGAAUUUUUAGCAAAAAUGAAGCAAGAGGAACAAACUCUGAUCUCACAGAAAGAUGAAAAUGUUCAUCUGCGGCAGGAAUUGCAGAGGGUCCAAGAAGAAAGUGCAGCCUGUUGUACAGAGCUCAGAUCUCUAUUGGAUGAUUAUGAAAAAGAAAAAUGUCUCUUAAGGGAGGAAUUAGAAGGGACUUUCUCAGAAAAAGAAGUACUUCAGCUUGAUAUUCAGGAGUUGAAACAUACCAGUGAGAAAAUCAGGAAGGAGAACCAAGAUCUUCUAGCUCAUAUUGAAAAUAUUUCUGAGCAACUCGCAAAUCAAGAAAGCAAAAUGAAAGAACAGGAAGAAAAAUCAGAAGAACAGAAAAAUCUAACCUUAAUUCUGGACCAAAAAGAGACUGAACUGAGAAAUGUACAAGCUGAACUUUCUUUGCUAAAGGGGUCUGUGGAGAAGUCUUCUGCUGAUGGUGAUAAGCAGUUACCAGAAACACAGAAAAUAGUGAAUUUGGAAAAACAGCUGAAAGAGAAAGAAGAAAAAAUAAAUAAAAUUAAAGCUGUUGCUGUGAAAUUGAGGAAAGAACUGGAUUCUAGCAAGAAAGAGGUGCAGUCGCUUAGAGAAGAGCUGGAAUUAAUAAAGUCAGAAAAAGAGCAACUCUCUUCUUCAAUGGGAGACAUCAUUCAGGGAGCUGAGAGCUAUAAGAACCUUUUAUUAGAAUUUGACAAGCAAGCAGAACAACUGGAUUUUGAAAAGUCGCGAGCUCGUAAUUUUGAGCAUCAGAUUGAUGACGUGACCAAACAGCUGGAGAGUUCAGUUCAGCAGCAAGAUCAGUGGCGUUCUGCGAAUGAAGACCUCUUGACUCGUGUUGAGACUCUUCAGACUAAUGUCAAGCUGUUAGAAACCCAACUGUUAGAAAUCCAGAAGGCCAAAGCAAAAAGUGAUAAGGAACUUGAAGCUGAAAAGCUUCUAAAAGAACAAAAAAUAAAGGACCAUGCUAAUGCUGUCAAAGAAGUAGAAGAAUUUCAGGCACUACUACAGAAAGAAAAGAAGCAUCUUCAGAAAGUUUUGGAAGAGCUAGAGUUGGCAAAGAAGGAUGCUCAGAAGAGUACAUUGAUGGAUAUGGAAAUAGCUGAUUAUGAGCGUUUUGUAAAAGAACUGAAUCAAAAGAUUACUGAAAAAAGUAGCAGAAUUGAAGAUCUUGAGCAAGAAAUUAAAAUGCAAAAGCAGAAGAACGAAAUUCUACAGGAAGAAAUCAAAUCCUUCCAGAACUCUGUACACGAGCAUGAGGAAAAGAACGCCAAGCUCAAACAAUUAUUGGUAAAAACAAAAAAAGAGUUGGCAGAUUCAAAACAAGCAGAAAAUGAACUUCUAAGACUUCAGGCAUCCCUCAAGGGAGAACUAGAAGCCAGUCAGCAGCAAAUGGAAGGUUAUAAGAUUCAGCUGUCUGAGCUAACUUCCGAAAAACAUAAAAUUCAGGAGCAUCUGCGGACUUCGCUAGAGCAGCAUCAGCGGGUUUUGAGUACUUACCAGCAGAAAGUAGCCGCUCUCCAAGAAGAAUGUAGCACAGCAAAGGCAGAACAUUCUGCUGUAACCUCUGAGUUUGAAAACUACAAAGUCCGUGUUCAUAAUGUAUUAAAACAGAAGAAUAAAUCUUCACAAUCUGAAACUGAUGUGACCAAACAAGAAAGAGAACACAUGGAAAAGGUAAUAGAACAACUGAAGAUUAAAUUGCAAGAUACACAACAUAACUUACAAAUUAAUGUGGUGGACCUUCAGACCUUGCAGUCGGAACAUGAUACAUUGCUGGACAGGCACAAUAAGAUUCUUCAAGAGACUGUAGCAAAGGAAGCAGAGCUCCGAGAAAAACUUUGCACAAUACAAUCUGAAAACAUGGUGCUAAAGUCAGAACAUGCACAGACUGUGAGUCAGCUGACAGCCCAGAAUGAAGCUCUUCGGAAUAGUUUCCGGGAUCAAGUCAGGCACCUGCAAGAGGAGCACAGAAAGACUGUGGAAACAUUACAACAGCAGCUAUCUAAAGUUGAAACCCAGCUUUUUCAACUCCGAAAUGAGCCAAGCACCAAAAAUUCUGCUCCUUCCAAUCUACCAACCAAAAGUUUGCGAGAACGAAGGAGCACUGACCUUCCUCUUCUUGAUGUGCAUGCUGUAACUAGAGAAGAAGGUGAAGGAAUGGAAACCACUGACACAGAGUCUGUAUCUUCUGCCAGUACCUAUGUACCAUCCUUAGAACAGCUUCUCAAUACUCCAGAAAUGAAAUUUGAACCUCCACAAUGGGAAGCAGAGCUCACAAAACAAGAGUUGAUCCAGAAGUUAAAUACAACAUCAAAGAGCGCUGAUCACUUAAGCGGAUUGCUUCGUGAGUCAGAAGCAACCAAUGUUAUCCUAAUGGAACAAAUAAAGCUUCUUAAAAGUGAAAUAAGGCGAUUAGAAAGAAACCAAGAACGAGAGAAAUCUGUUGCUAAUCUGGAAUACUUGAAGAAUGUUCUGUUACAGUUUAUAUUCCUAAAAUCAGGCAGCGAGAGACAGAGGCUUCUUCCAGUAAUAGACACUAUGUUGCAACUAAGCCCAGAAGAAAAAGGGAAACUUGUCGCAAUUGCUCAAGGUGACGAAGAGAGCAUGUCCCAGACCUCUGGAUGGGCAUCGUACUUACACAGCUGGUCAGGACUCCGAUGAGUUCUCACUGUUCCAGCCUUCAAAAUCUGCAGCUGCACUGGGAAGAAUUUCCACCAUGAAGAAUGGACCAUAUACAUAUGUAGCAUGGGUAACUCUUGUUUGGAGUCUUCUCCCCUGCCUCAGUUGGUUAUUUUAAGAAAUAAUAUUAUUCUGAAUAAGACUUGUUGAGGGACUUGAAGUAAUGUCUUUUAGUCUCAGUUUCUGACUCCCUUUUUAGUGCAAGUAUGGAAGUUUUCAGACAUCCAAUGAACUUCCCUCCCAGCAAGAGCUAUCCUUUUCAUUUACUGGUGGGACAGUUUUACAUAACAUGCUUUUUGUGGUUGGAGCUGCCUCAUUCAUCUGAUAAAUCUAUAAGCUUUCACAGAGCAAAAUUCUGUAGGUUUAUUGACAUUCCUGGAUUGGGUUGUCUGACAGUAGCAGGCUUCCACAAUCUGCUGUCCUCCGGUAAUAGAAUACAGCUUCUAAAAUAUUCAGCCAACAUGGUCAUUGGCUUUGUGGUUGGAAUUCUGUGUGUUGCAGUUCAAAACAUCCAGAGGGUAUUAGCUUUGGAAGGCUGAACUCCCGCUUGCAUCCUCCUUUUUAUUUGUCUGGGAGAAGAAGUAUGAUUCAAUUUGGUGAUCUGUGGUAAGCCUAUCAUUGAUAGAAAAUGCUGACCACUGACUUCCUAUGCCAUUCAAAACAUUGUUUCUUUAGUACCCAAAACUUAAAAAAAAUAAGAUUUUACUGAGGUUUAAAAUUGGUUAUUUUUCUGGAAGGGAAAGCUGAAUGCAAAAAUAAAGUGAAUGUCUUCCCUUCAUUCACUUUACUUAACCCUAAGAAUUUUCCCAAGCUUAUUUAAUGAUUCCUCAAAUUAAUUUCUACCCUCUUAUGCUGGGAUGUUGCUUUGACAGAUUAUUACAGUGUACUGUCAAUUACUACUUGAGAAAGACUGAAAGCAAAUUCUUUUAAAAAUCACAUUCAAAACAAAUAUGCAUCAUUAAAACAUCAAUUAGAAACUGCAUUCUACUCUCAUUCUCAGGACACAUUGACACAUUGCUUAUGUUAGUGAUAUCUAAAGUUCAAAAGGGAUAGAGCUUGCUAUGGAUGGCAAAUCCAAAAUAUAAUUGCUGGGGAUUAUAUAAAUUGAAUAUUAUCCAAAGAAAAAUACAGAAAUGUAAUCUCCAGUUUUAUGGGUUUGUAAAGAAAGAAUACCAUUUUGCCACAUCCAAACUUACCUUUGGAUACUAUCUGCUUCAGUAUUGGAUCUCUUUAUGUACAAAGAUGCUGAAAUAUAUAGAUGCUUGGAUUUAAAGUCCACAAAACUUAAUAUCCAUUAAUAAUUUAAAAUCCAUUUAUUUCAAUAAGUUUGACUGAAGCUGGGGGGCAAGCCAUUGUUUGCAGAAUAUCUCAACCACCAGCCAUAUGUGCUGUCAGAUAGGUUUCUGCCACAGUCCAGCACAAAACCAAGAUGAAUUAAGAAACAAUUAUCUUGGUACACUGGUUGUCUGCAGUGAAGAAGCUGCUGAUGCUAUUAUGCCAUAUGUUGACUGUGAAUGAAAUCUGAACUUUGGGAGAUCUCUGUUCUUGAAAGAAAAGAUCUAGUGCAUAUUCACCAGCUUCCUCCAUGAGUGAAUAUCCUGUAUCUGAAAAUAGUGUAAUUAUUACGUGAAAGAAGCAAUAUUGAGUCACUAAGAGAUGACAUCUGAAUGGCAAAGCUAUUUCAGAGAUGCCUAUCCAAGCAAAUCAAUAUCUUUGUUGCCAUCAGUUUUCAUAGACAUUCAAAUAUGAGUCAGGGGAAAAUAUUCCUCAUCAUUGAAGUAUAACAUGAGAACACAGCCCUCAGCUGUUCUGCCUAGUUCAGCACAUUUUUACCACGUGCUACAGUGGCUGUCAAAUUCCACCAUUCUGAAAGUGUUUGGAAGGUGAGCUCAGUUUAAGUAUGUAAAAUGUUUCUCUUCAGUAAUAAUAAUUGUGUGGCAUUUCUUGAUCAUAUCAUAAGUCUCUUUGCUUAGUCUUGAUAGCACUGGCAGUACGAAAGGGAAAGCUAAAUAUUGUGACUUUCAGAUCCCAGCCUUCACACUUCAGCCAUGUCUUUCACCAUCCUGGUCUCCUCCAAAUGUGCUGGAGUUCCUUUCCCAGAAUUCUUAGCCAGCGUGGCCCAAAGAAACGAAAUUGAAUAUCUGAGGAGCAGUAAGUGUGGAAAGCUGCUUGAAAUGUUAAAGUUUGUCAUUGAGUGCUCAUUGACCUCAUCCCAAACAAUAGAAUUGGAUGUCUCCAUUUUCCUUUUUAAAAAGUGUGAAUUUUGUGAGUCAAUAGUUUGGCUUGUCCCCUAUCAUGUACAUUACAUACUUAAUCUGAGCAGGAAAAUCUUUGAACUAUCAUUAAUAGUUCACUAUUUCCAGAAUUAGCAUAGCUGAAUACUUUCUACUGAUUAUUUCCUUAUCUGCACACUGUUAAUAAUAGCUGUGACAAUAUGAACUUUUUGUCUUUUUGGUCAUUUCAAAUCCUGUUUUUAUUGUUUCAGACUGUGAAUAAAUUAUGCAUAUAGCUUUGUUUA